UAGAGGUGUAUAGCUGCCGAAUUGAUAAGAUGAAAAUUGAUGAUGAUUAGACACAUCACAUAACUGAAGUUAGAUGAAAGCUAACCGUAGUCAGAUGUUGGUUAGUAUAAUUAGCUGUAAUUAAUAAUUGUUAGAGUGAUUAGUUGCAGUUAGUGGAUAAUUAAACUUGAAUACCUUCAUCUGUAUAAGUACUGUAAAGGUGAUUGAUGCAAAGCAGCUUUCAUUUUUGAUUAUAACAAACAAGGUCUCUCUCCCUCUGCUCUCCCGAUCGUCUCUCCAGUUUCUUCUUCUUGAGCUUCUCUGCUCAUUUAGAUUUCAUACAAAUCCCGUUUAGUUUUCCAAAAGAGUAUUCAUACGCACACAUACAUUCUUCCUCUAAAUAUUAACUGAAGUUAUAUAUUAGCGACAAACUAUUCAAUAUGAUGCUUGAAGGGUGGUCACUGUGGAUGGAGGCAGAGCACACGACGAUAAUGGUUAGUAUCUUGGUUGCAACAGUCACCAUAUUUGUUGGGUAUAAAUGGUUGAUGAAGAUAGCCAUGAGAGGUAAGCCACCAUUGCCGCCUGGUCCAAGAGGCUUGCCUUUACUAGGAAAUCUUCCUUUUGUUGAACCGGAUCUUCAUAUUUAUUUUUCCAAAUUGUCUAAAAAGUUUGGCCCAAUCUUCAAAAUUCAAAUGGGUACCAAAAUCUACGUCGUCAUAAACUCAGCUUCAUUGGCCAGAAAAGUCCUCAAGGAAGAUGAUGAAAUUUUUGCUAACCGUGAUCCCCCAGCAGCCGCAAUAGCUGAAACAUAUGGUGGCGGUAACAUAUUAUGGAGGCCAAACGGUCCUGAAUGGCGAAACUUGCGCAAGGUUCUUAUUCGUGAAAUGAUGAGCAAGACAUAUUUUGAUGCUUCUUAUGGCCUUCGUCGAAGAGAGGUGCGAGAGAUGGUGAAGGAAAUCUAUGCAAAAGUUGGCUCACCCAUAAAGGUUCGGAAUCAUAUGUUCUUAAUUUCUUUGAAUGUAGUAAUGGGCAUGCUGUGGGGUGCCCCUUUAGAUGAAGAUAAAAAACAUAAUGUUGGGUUGGAGCUCGUGCCAUUUAUAGAGGAGGCGGUUGAUCUUUUGGGAAAACCUAAUAUUUCUGAUUUUUUUCCUAUCCUUGCCCCGUUGGAUUUACAAGGAAUUGUAUCAAAAAUGCUAAAGAUCAGAUUGCGAUUCGAUAAUAUUUUUGAAUCAGUGAUUGCAAUAAAAAAAAGCACGAAGACGAGUAACCAAAGCAAAGAUUUUUUGCAAAUUUUGUUGGAGCUUAUGCAGCAAGAAGAUGAAAAGAUGCUAUUUUCCAUGACUAACAUCAAGGCUUUGUUACUGGAUAUUAUUUCGGCAACAACAGAGACAUCAUCGACUACGGUAGAAUGGGUAAUGACAGAAUUAUUAAAAAAUUCAGAUAUAAUGAAAAAAGUACACGAAGAAUUGGAGAGAGUUGUUGGUAAUGAAAAGAUUGUAGAAGAGUGUGAUAUAAACCAACUACAUUAUUUACAGUCUGUAGUGAAAGAAACAAUGAGAUUACAUCCAGUUGGUCCUCUUCUUAUCCCGCACAGUCCCAGUGUGUCAACAACUAUAGCCGGCUACACCAUUCCUAAAGGCUCAAGUGUUUUUAUUAAUGUUUGGUCAAUAAUGAGAGAUCAUGAGACUUGGAAAAAUCCACUUAAAUUUCAACCUGAGAGAUUCUUUGAACAUCCAGAAAUUGGUGAUUACAGAGGAAAUAAUUUCAAUUAUCUACCUUUUGGAUCAGGGAGGAGAAUAUGCGCCGGGAUUAAUUUAGCAGAGAAGAUGGUAAUGAAUGUGUUAGCCACUCUCUUACAUUCUUUUGAUUGGAAAGUGGAAAAUGCUACAAAUCUGAAUUCAUCUGAAAAAUUUGGUAUCGUAGUGAGAAAAUUGGAUCCUUUAAUGGCGAUACCAACUAUUAGAUUGCCUACUUUAGAGCAAUACUAUUAAAUAUGAGAGAAUCUAUUAAAUUAUAAUAAAAAAAUUAUGAUAUAAAUUUAGUAUAAAUAAUAAAUUAUGAACCAUGUAGCAGAAAUUUCUAAAUAUGUUUCUAAUUGUAAA